AUGCAUGAUUGGAAGCAUCGACUGUAUGCAUUGGCAAUGGAAGAAUUGCCCAACUACCUGGCAAGAAGAUUAUGGAAAGGGCAAAAAAAUAUCAUCCUCAAAGCUGUUUCUGGAGUCAAUACAUGGGUUUGGCAUGCUUUCUUCGGAGUUGCUGGAUCGCAAAACGACUUGAACGUGCUAGAUCAAUCACCAAUAUUCAACGAUGCCUUGAGAGGUGAAGCCUCGAAUAUCUCCUAUGAAAUCAACAAUGUCGUCUACUGGAAUGGCUAUUAUCUAGCAGACAACAUCUACCCGAGAUAG